AUGGAACAGCAUCAUGUCUACCACCAUCAUUACCACUACCAUUACACCUACCCCUUCCCGCCUGGUCUACCUCCAAAUGCCCCGCAAAACGAUGAGCCUCUAAACCAAGAAGUGGCCGGUCACAAUAGCGAGGAACCAGCGGCCGAAGAUGAUGAGGAGGAGGAGGAGCACAGUGAGAGGGGUGAUACCGAAGACCAGCAAAAGCCAGAGAACCGUGUCCCUAGCCCAGUCCAGCAAGAGCAAUCUGACGCUCUAACUAUGGUUAGAAGAAUGGGCGCCGUGGUAUUCGAUGACUGCCUCGACAUCCUCAACCUCGACGCUCUGUCGCUUCAAGCACAAGCUCGCUUCACAACCACAAACACCCAAUUCAACAGCGACGAUCAUCAGGAGGGUCCUCUAAGGAAAAAGGCCAGAACCAGUGACUGCCCCGAGCGACCCGGGUCCCGGAAAGAAUCUCAGCAUCACCCUGCUCAUCCUCAACAAAGCGACAACAUAACAGUCAUCGACAAGGCUCGCGUCAUCGACACCGAGCGUUGUUUUCGUGUCAUCAAUUGUGACCCAGCUGGUCCACAAGUCAAUAUCUGCUGGCGAGUCCCUGGCCAGCGAAACAUAUGGCUGUUGAGAAUCAGCAUGCAGUCUCUGGAUUACACGUACAAAGGAUUCGUUGAUCUUUUUGAAGCAGCAGCUCCGCCGGACUUGCCCUACAUGGGCUUCUUUAUAAAACCUGACUGUAAGGAGAUUGUUUCCAUGAUUGUGAGUAGUUGUGGCGGUCGCGGACCCGAACUUCUCGAGCGUGGAGAGGGUGAGAUUCUUCCAAGCGGGUGUGAAAGCAUUUCUGUGCUUGGAAGACUCGUGGGAUUCGAGGUCUUACGAGAUUGA